AUGGAUGGGCCCUACGGGCAAGCUGGACCACCCGCCGAUAGGGGGCGAUCGUACUCGCGUGUGGAAAAAAAAGCUCUCGCCUGCACGCAAAAGAUGCCGCGCCGAAAGCGCAUCGCGCAUACCGCGAAUUGGCAGACGGUGGGACAACCGCCGCUGCCGCGAUCGCUGCUGCCAUCGCUGCCGACAUCGCUGCUGCCACUGCUACCACCGCUGCCGCCGUCGCUGGUGCCACUGCUGCUGCUACCGCCGCCGCCACCGCCGCCGCCACCGCCACCAACACCGACGGUGGUAAAAACACAAUUUGCCGAGGAUCCGCGUCGCCCUGCGCUCUUCCCGGGUUGGGACCCAAGGGACGAGGUCCACGGGGUCAGCCUCCUCCCGUGGCGCCCAUUAAUAACCAUCGACAUCCCGGGAAAUAAGACUCGCGACAAGGCGACUCAAACCGACGCGCCGCUUCCUCCUCCUCCUCCUCAACGGCCGCCCAACACCUCGGCCGUACCACCGCGGCCACAAAACAGGUUGGAAAAACCCUCGACGGGGUCGCCGAAAGGGUCAACGAGGAGGAGAACUUGCAUCGUCUGCUCGCCGCUGCCGAUGGCGACGAGGAAGCGGACGCGUCCGCGCCUUGUUACGAGCACGAGAAAGGGGCCGGCGCAGUAG